AUGUCUGUUUCUCUACUCGUGACAAUUCACGCCAAUACGCCACUAGAAGUAAUAUCUAAUGGCGGUAAUGCAGGAGAGAAGAAUUCACUACACGUCUCCGCCACCAUUACAACCACCAUUUCACCACCACCUCAACCUUCUCCUCAAUAUGGUUACCUUAUAGUCAGCGCUCUGCUGAGUGCAGCUUCUGUUGCCUAUCAUUUUUUCCGAAUCCUGUUUUCCAGUAUCUGGAAACUGAUCAUGACUCUGCUAUGGCCCGUUUCCUGGCUAGUGCGCUUAUGCUGGACUGGACUGGUGGUCAAACCUGCGAUGCUAUUUGCACACAUAUGUUAUGUACUCUGGCCGAUCACUCUGUUUUGUCUUAUGGCUGUUUUAUGUGGCCUGGUGAUUGGUGGGUGUGCCGGUUUUGCAGCUGAAGCGUUUUCCUCGGUUCUGAUUUCUGCCACCUGGGGUGGUGGUAAUAUUACAGAGAAACAGAAAUCAAAAGACACGGUUCUAUCACAAGUCAGUGACAGCGACAUUGAUGUUGAUGCCGAUAUCGAGGACGACGAAAGAGACGCACAAAUUCCCGAGCCUCCUGGAUCAGAUCACACUGGCUACACAGGAAGCAGUGCACGAAUGCCACGAGGAUAUCCACUUGCUGCGAUGAUCGACGAGGACGAAGACGACGAAAAUCUUCGUGGCAAUAAAAGUUCAUCGUCUUCCUUUUACUGGGAAACCUCUUUCUUUGGUGGCAAUCGAAGGGGAAAAGAACGUAGAGGUCUACCUGAUGCUACUGUCGAAUCCUGGCGUUCUUCUCUCUCCAGACGAUCCAGCUCUUCGUCUACUUCUUCGCAAAUUAUGAUAAACAGUCGUCAACCGCCAGUGAAUAAUGCUGCAAUAACAACAACAACGACGACGACGACAAAAACAACGGCUGUCCCUGUUUUUGCCACUUCUAUGUCUAUGUCUGUAGUGCCUCCGCCUGAUAAUAAUUUGAAAAAGAGAACUACAUAUAACAAACAAGACGAUUGGGAAUGGGCAGACGAUGAUGAAGAUGACUUUCCAUCCAGAAGAAACUCUCGAUAA